GUUGUUUGUUGACAUUGAGAAACCGCUCUUGUUGUUUUUUGUAUUGUUUUAAGCUAUUUUUAUAAUGAAAAUUUCGAUUUUAAUGUAAACUGCCAUGCCACUCAUUGCCUAGAAACCUAUCUUUGAUGCAAAUUCAGGGCUAUGGAUUUCUCACUGCUAAUUUUUUGCUUCGUAAUUUCCCUCAUAACAUACUUCGUUUUACAUUACUUUGCUUAUUCAUCAAUAGAAGAAAUCGAGGUGGACGAUGACGAGAAGGAAUCGUUUUCCACUUCAUGUGACAUAAUAUAUGGAACUCAGACUGGAAACUCAAAACAUUUUGCUGAACAACUGCAAAAAAGCUUUGAAAAACUGAAUUGGGAAACAGAAGUUCAUGACAUGAAAAACUUAGAACCAGAAGAACAUUUACUUAAACAGAUCCCAAAGAACAAGUUAUGUAUUUUUAUUAUUUCAACAUACAUUGAUGGACAACCACCUGAAAAUUGUACAUGGUUUUGUAAAUGGAUUGAAGACGCUUCUUGUGACUUUCGAGUCUCUAGUACAUUAUUUAGAGGACUAAAAUUUGCAGUGUUUGGAUGCGGAAGUUCUUUAUAUGAAGAUAAUUUCAAUAAGGCUUCUGUUAACUUGCAUGUUGCAUUAAGCAGAUUAGGAGGAUCACCUAUUUUGCCGUUGAUGAAAGCAGAUGAAAAUUCUUCCAGUGGAGGAUUAGAAGAAUCAUUUGAUUUCUGGCAGAAAAAUCUUUUAUCAACUGUACGCAGUGAUGAAGAUAACAGUGUUCAAAAUGAGAUUGAGGAUGAUGUUUCCGAAAGUAGUGAUGAAAAUGAUGUUAUGGAUGUGGAGGAACUUGGCCAUGCUGUUAGUAGCAUGAAGAAAAACCAGAACGACGGCAAAGAAGUUAAAGAAAUGAUAACACCUAUCCUCCGAGAAUCUCUCACAAAGCAAGGUUAUAAACUUCUUGGUUCUCACUCUGGUGUUAAGAUGUGUCGGUGGACUAAAUCUAUGUUGCGAGGCAGAGGAGGAUGUUAUAAGCACACCUUUUAUGGCAUAGAAAGUCACAGGUGCAUGGAAACAACCCCAAGUCUUGCCUGUGCAAAUAAAUGCGUGUUUUGUUGGAGGCAUCACACUAAUCCAGUUGGAACUGAGUGGAAAUGGAAAAUGGACAAACCUGAUGAAAUUGUAAACCUUGCAUUGAAAAAUCAUUAUAACAUGAUAAAGGAAUUUAAAGGUGUUCCUGGUGUGAAGCCUGAAAGGAUUGCUGAAGGCUUGGAAGUAAAGCAUUGCGCUUUAUCAUUGGUCGGGGAGCCUAUAAUGUAUCCAGAAAUAAAUGCACUGGUUGAGUUACUUCACAAUAAGAAAAUAUCGACCUUUCUUGUAACAAACGCGCAGUUUCCUGAGGCUAUUUCAAAAUUAGUUCCUGUCACUCAGUUAUACGUAUCAGUUGAUGCCAGUAAUGAGCAGAGUUUAAAGAAGAUUGAUCGUCCUCUAUUUAAAGACUUCUGGAAACGAUUUAUUGACAGCUUGACAGCUCUGUCAGAAAAGGGUCAAAGAACAGUUUAUCGGCUGACUUUAGUAAAAGCGUGGAACACUGAUGAAAUUGAAGGUUAUGCUAAGCUCGUUCAUGUUGGCAAACCUGACUUCAUUGAAAUAAAAGGUGUUACUUAUUGUGGUACAUCUAAAGCAAGUUCAUUAACUAUGGAAAAUGUGCCUUGGCAUGAAGAAGUUCGUUCAUUUGGUGUCAAACUUGCCAAUUAUUUACCGGAUUAUGAAAUGGCAUCAGAGCAUGAACAUUCAAACUGCAUUCUAAUUGCCAAUAAAAAGUUCCUUAUCAAUGGGAGAUGGCACACAUGGAUUGAUUAUGAGAAGUUUCAUGAACUCAUGAAAGAGUACAAUAACUCUGAAGGUGAAAAAACUUUCACUAGUUCAGAUUAUGUGUCUCCUACCCCAUCUUGGGCAGUCAUAGGAUCUGAGGAACAAGGAUUUGAUCCAGAUGAAACUCGAUUCUUUCGCAAAAGCAAAAAAGACAUCAGUGGUUGCUGAGUUUUAAUGGAAUCAAUGUAUGAUAUGCAUGUACAUAUUCAUGAAUGCAUUGGAAAUGCCUUAUUUUAAAUAUUUGCAUUUAAAGCUUGGAAAAGCUAGCCAUUUCUUUAAAUAUCAUUUGUAAACUUGGAAAUUGA